AUGGACAUGCGCCAGUCGAUGGCUGAACAGACAGGGAGUGGGGCAGGGUUCAGGGCUUCUCCCCCCUCCACCCCCGCCUUCUGCCCGCCAAACCUGGCUUUCACGUUCUUCAUUGCUGGGAAUGUUGGAGCCUCAAUGCUCGUCAUUGGGUUGACUUUGAGGCAUCUAGCUGUAGCCCGCUUUCCUCAACACCUCUUUCGUUGCCCCCUCUUCUACCCUCACGGUCCGCAUUUCCUCGUCCGGCAGAUAUCACAACAGCUCGAACCAUGGCAUGGCUCCGGCGGGUCUGCAUAA